UACAAAUAUCUGGUCGAUUGGACUCCAUGCUCUCGUUGCUCCCGAGACGCGAGAAGGGAAAUGGCCGCUACGAUUCUCCUAGGUAACGUGGCGCUGCUGGUGGAUGCGAGCUCGACCAGGGUCGCCAUGGCCACCGAACGCUUCCACGGUGGAUGCGUUAGCGGCAAGGGUUGGCUUCCGGAAUUGCACAUGUCGCACCCUACCAGGAAGGAGCCCGCCGCUGUCCCGGCUCCCUUGGCUGCUCAGGCCAUGGGGUUCCACGAUGCGGCAGAAUCCUCCGGCGAACCAUCGGCCUCCUCUAUGAUGGCCCGUCGACGGCGGAGGAGCGCUCUGUCCAAGGUCGCAGCUUCAACUGGCUACUCGGGGAACGGUGGAAAUGGAGAGGAUGAUGAUGAGAGCCUCGAUUGGGAGGAGAACCUACGAAGCCGGCUGAAGGAAUUGGAGGAGAUGAAGGAGCUUGAGAAGCGCGCUGAGGAGUUGGUCGCGGAAGGCGCCGGAGGGGAUGAGGAGGAGACUGAGGAAGAGAAGAGGGAAAGGGUCCGAAGGGAGCUCGAAAAGGUCGCCAAAGAGCAGGCAGAACGAAGGAAAACCGCCAAACUGAUGUUUGAACUUGGGCAGAAAGCCUAUGGAAAGGGGAUGUAUUCACGGGCCAUUGAUUUUCUUGAGGCUGCUCUUACCAUCGUCCCGGGGCCGACACUCUUGGGUGGUGAGAUUCAGAUAUGGCUUGCAAUGGCUUAUGAGGCCAACAACCGUCAUAGAGACUGCAUUGCCUUGUACAAGCAGUUGGAGAAGUCACAUCCGAGUGUCAGUAUUAGACGUCAGGCUGCUGAGCUCCGUUAUAUUUUGCAAGCACCAAAGCUUAAGAUAUCCAAGGAUGAGAUGGUCACAAUACCACUAAUUGGAUCAAGUUAUGACCGUUGUAGUAUACAGGCUGAUAUUCUUGUUAGAUAAUCCACAAUUUUUCAAACUGGAAUAUUGCAUUGACUACAAACAAUGCUACUGCCACCAUUAUAACAUCUUAUACCUUUAACACUGAGCUUGUACAAGACUAACUAUGAACCUACUUGCUUCACAUAAGCAUUUGACUUUGUGAGUAUGAUCUCAUGAUUAUUGUUUACUAUUUAGAUUUUCAUAAGACACUGAUUCGUUUGCAUUUAUGUGACCUUAAUGAUAGACAAAUAAUAAUCCUUACAUGAAGUACUUAUAUAUGGUGUUGAUAUGUUUCUCUGGGUAACUAUUCUGGCAUAGCAGAAUAUUAUAUGUGGGGGAAUCAAAGAGACUGCUAUUUAUGAUAACCGUGUCUCUAAACUCAGUGCAAGCAGGACAAUCCUCGUUUCUUCUUCUAAAAUUGGAGGAUGCUUUAGAACUCAUGAAUACAGGUAGAUAUAUGAAUUAUUAACUGUCCAGUUUUCAGUUUAGUAUAACAAACAAUUAUGACAAAGGGGUAAGAAUCUUCAGGUUUUGAUUUUCAUUUAAAAAAACAUCUCAAUUUUAUACCUAAAGAUCCUCAAAAUGGAUCCCAACUAAGGGUCUGUUUGUUUGCAUAAUGUUUUGUCAAUGUAAUAAAUUUUCCAAAGAAUUUUUUAUAAAGAAAAUUUUGUAGAAAUAUGAAUAUUUUUCUAUUUUGAGCAAAUUGUGCAGUUUGAGUGGGAGUAAGUAGGAUGUGUAGACAAAUUGUUGGAUCAUCAGAGGGCUAGUGGAUCCUGGAUGGUUAGGUGAUCCGGGAGGAUGAGUAGUUAGUCUAGACAGACCUCAUGUCCGCUUUGGUGUCUAUUGAUGCAUUGUCAUUUAUGUCGAAGUCAUUUAAAGUAAAAGUUUCAUCUACAUAUUUAUUAAGGUCAAAUAAAUGAUAAUGAAAUAUUAGAUUUAAAAAAUGUAAAAUUAAAUACCAUUUACUGGACAUUUAAAUGUAUGCUUAUCUAUAAUUAUUCAAUGGAUAAGGAUCUUCAUUCACCAGCCAUGUCUCAUAUCUUCCAAAACAAUGGGAUCAGUUAUGACAUUUCUUUGGAAAACUACAUUUAACAAGAAAAAAUAAUUAGAUACAUUAAGAACAAAAGUUAAAAAAGAAUAUUAAUAUUAUUUUUUAAAAUCCUAGGAGAUGAACAAUACCUUCUUUGCAACUUUAAUUGUAAUGAAGAAACUAAGAUCAUUAAACCUUUUUUUAGUCAAAUUUUCGUCUCUUAAGUUCAAAUAUAUUCCAACUUCUUUCACAAACUGAAUUAGUAAAAGUUUGAAUUGAAACUUGAAUCACUUACUUUCAUAAAAUUUGAGUACUACUUCCGUGGUUUUACCAUCAUUCAUUUGUAAUAAGAGAAUUAAAUUAAUAACAAUUUAUUGAUUCAAUAAGCAACUCACAAACUGAAGCAGGGCAAGUUUAACUUAAACCUGAAUCAGCAAUUUUUAUAAUUCUGAGCACCACAGCUAUAAUUUAACCAUUGCUCGUUUACAAUAUAGAUAUUUCAAUUUUUUUCUUAAUUUUUCAUCUUACAAGGUUGCCUCUAAUAUAUGUGCAGAACCCUAGGGUGGAUUUUAUAUCAAUUUUUGAUCUAGCAUUAUCGACAUAUGAGAAAGUCAUUAAUGUUGUAGAUUAGUUAAUUUAUUAAAGUACUUCUAUUGUUGCGUCCGUCCCCACAGGGUGCCUAGUUGGCUAGAGAGUGACAGAGUUGCUACAAUGGGGCAGAGAUCAAUUCUUGGCGGGCUCAUGCCCUCAAGGAAAAACUCCUCCCAUCCUCUAGCCACUUGGCGGUCGGCUAUAAGCAGACCCGUAAUUUAUCUCCUUUCACAUAACCUUAGAUGGGGUGAGUGUAAUCACCUUUUUUGCUACAGUUCUAUUGUUGCGUCUUAAUAACACUUCUUGUGCUGUUACAUUAGCUAGCUCACAACUCCAUUCGGAAAAAAUACAUCUAGUUUGGUAACUGCAAGAAAAAUAAAUUUUCUUAAAUAAUAAGAAGUGAUCAAAAUCUAACCAUAAAUUAUAAUUUUAGAUAAUUGGAGUUUUUAUAAGGUUAUAUCAAAGGAUGUUAAUCUCUUGUAGGAGAUCUAUCGUAUAUCUUCUUUAGGACAAGAAUGUUUCUUGAAAAUUGUAUUGGAGUUCAACUCAAUGAUACUAUUUUUGUAUUGUACUAGUGUUUCAAUGUAUAGUAUUAGUGGAGAAUUGAAGGAAAAAGGAGGAAGAAGAUGAAAAAUAAGGAAAAAACACAACUAUAUAGCUAACUUUGGACUUUAUGUCCCAUCUAGAAUGGUACAAUUUUGCUAAUGAAUUAUACAUAAAAUUUAUAAAAAAUAAAAAAUAUUAUUUUAAUUUAACUUAGCAAAUAGAGUUUAACGUCGUACCCUAUAGUGCAUGUUGUUUGCAGAUGAUAUUGUUUUGACUGAUGAAAUACAUGAAAAAGCAAAUGCUAAGUUUGAAUAUUGGCGAGAAAUAUUAAAGUAGAUUUUAGGCUUUGUAAAGACAAUAUAUAAUAUAUGAAAUUUAAAUUUAGUAGUCUUAGACAUAGUUUGACAAUUGUUACGAUGAUGAAAAGUUAUUUAUAAUCUAGGAUCAUUUUUGCAAAAGGAUUGAGGGGUUGAUAGAAAUGUUUUACAUAUGAUAUAAGAGCGAUUAUUGAAAUAAAGAAGGCAUUAGGUGAUUUUUGUGAUUGUAAUGUACCUUUAAAGCUUAAAGGAAUGUUUUAUAAAAUGACGGUUAUUUUUGCUAGGUUAUAAGGAGUUGGAUGUUGAACUAUGAAGUGAGUAUACGAGUAGAAGAUGAGAGUUGCAAAGAUAGGAAGUUAAUGUGGAUGUGCCGUCAUAUAAGAAUGAACAUGAUAGAAAAUGAGAAUAUCAGAGAGGAAGUCGAGGUUGUGCUUAUUGAGGGACAACUCCGAGAGACGUGUUUAAAAUGGUAUAAGUAUGUAUUUAAGUGACUAAUAAAUGUCCUAAUUAGGCGAUGUGUGAUUAUGAAAAAUCCAUAAACGAGGAAGAUUAAAGAAAACUUGGUUGACAAUUAUAAAAUAUGAUAAAAUUUAUUUAAAUAUAGAUGAGGGUAUAGUAGGGGAUCAAACUCAAUGACAUAGGAGGAUACAUAUAGCCCACUCCACUUAGUGGAAUAAAGGCUUGAUUGUUGUUAUAUUUUAAUUUAUUUUGGCGAGUUUUUAGUAUAUCAAGGGGUGUUGGGUGUCACCAUGACAUGAUAUUUAUUAAUAUGAUUGACACAACAUAGAACUCCGCCCAUGACAAAUUAGUCAUGGCCAAUUCCAAGCCUGUAUAAAGGAGGACGUUAUGUUGCCAGCCAACGUUAAAACAAUGACAAAUGUUUAAUGAAUUGAUCUAUUAAACUAUUGUGCUAAUGCUAGAUUGUUCCCGGGAAGGAACAUGUUGCAAGGUCUGAUUGUAACGUCUCGGCAAAGACCGCUAUAUCUCCAAAACUCGGGUGUAGUGGGAUAAGGCUUGGUUGUUGUGGUUGUUGAUUGACACAUCAUAGGAUAGAUUACAUGUGUCAUUAGUAUCAAAUUUUGGUAAUUUAUUGAAACGAUAUGUUUCGACUAUACCAUUUGGCACAGUACGAGCUUUCAAACCAUGAAAUUCGCAAUGCCUCUCUUCAUGCUUUGCAACUAGGAAGAUGAAAUUGCUUAGAUUUCUGCACAUUUGAGUACUAUUAGUCGUAGACGUUUAGGUUUAGGUUUAUAGAUGUUUGUAUAUUCUUAUGUAUGCCUUUCUAAUUGUUAUUCCACUAAUAAAGGCAAUACAAUAUUUCUUUUCUCUAAGUUUGACAUGGCAUCUCAGUCCCCUUUCUAAGUUUAUGAUUUUCUAACAAGAUAUUCCUUUGAGGGAGAGGUUGUGGCCUCCCCCCUCAUCUUUCUGCCCCUUCUCUCCUCCCCUCAUUUCUCCAUCUAGGUUCUACCUUUCUCUUUUUUCAUGCCAAACCAUGUGAUAUUGUGAGUUCUUUGCUUAUGAUACCGUUUCUUAGUUGUGAUCCCUCCUAGCUAUGUUCUUGUGUCACAUCUAUCAUCAUGGAUCAAAGAGAUCCUAGCACAUAUGGUUUGAUGGAUUCCAUGUGCGCAUGCCUAAUCUAGUUAAUGGUGUAGUUAACAUGCUAGCAAGUUAUUUUGCAAUCACACUAUAAAGUCUUGUUGAUAUGUGUAGAUGAUUUAGUUUUUAAUUUAGUACGUGUUAAAAGUAUAUAAGCAUAUCAGAGUUGAAAAGUUUUGUUCCAUGAUGGUUAACAUAAGCAAAACAUUUCAUUUUGACUGCCACGAGAAACAAGAGAUACUUCUUCAUGAGAGGUGAACAAGGCAGAGAGGUGGACAACUCUCGACAUAGCACGCGAGAAGAUCCGUCUCAUUUGCUUCUUCUUCUUCUUCUUCUUCUUCUUCUUCUUCUUCUUCUUUCCCUCUCUCACCUUUUUCUUCUUCCUCUUCCUCUUCCUCUGAAUUUUGCAAUGGAUUGUAAAUGAGAAUGGUUGCUUUGCUUACCGGACAUUGUAUUAGAGGCGGUGGCAAAAAGCAACUUGGCAUUUGUGACUAGGAGCAGGAGGAAGAUUGCUUAAGAAGGCAACAUGUGUUAUUUGGAGUAACGAACAAUGAAUCAUAAUAAAAAAAAAUUGAGAAUGGAUUAAAUAUUAAAUAGAGAUGAUGCACAUAGUCUGUUUGCAGUAAAGUAAAAGGGGAGAUGCUAGGGCUGCUUAUAGGAGACCUUGAUUGCCCUUGUCAUGAAGAUGGCAAAAGUGAUGUAUAAGAUUACAUGAGUUAAUGCUCGCUAGGAAUUCCAAAACAUGUCUUUAUAUAUAUAUAUAUUUUGUUUCAUCUUUUAUGAGGUUAUUUUUUUUCUUCUCAAGUUUGAGGAAUCACUUUUUAGAAAAAUAUGUUUCAUUUCAUUUGAUAGGAUUGUAGAUGGUUAAAUUUUGAAAAACUUGUAGACGGUUAAAUUUGUUUCAUUUCAUUUCACUUUUUAGAAAAUUUUGAAGAAUACGGUUAAAUUCAAAAAUUGUUUGUACCUAAUAGUAUAGCUUUUGGUAAACCAGUGCAUAAGAUGAGAUUGGAGUUCGCAGUAAGAUGGAUUCCAUAACCUUGUUUGCAUCAAUAUCUCUUAGGAAAAAGGGCAGUCCAAUGCAUGAAUCUCCCGCCAAUGUGGGUCCCGGAGAAAGGUUGGGUUACAUUGGGUCUAUUGUACGCAGUCUUAUUUUGCAUUUUGCAAGAAGCUAUUUCCACGACUUAAACCCAUGACCUAUUGACCUCAAGAUCACAUGGCAGUAAAUUAUUCAUUGCACCAAGGCUCCCCUUCAUCAGUAUCUCUUAGGAAAAAUUCUACAAAUUCCACAUUUGUCAUUUUGCACCAAGUUAAAGAAAACUUCUAUUAUUUGAAUUCAAUGCUGUUGUUCCUUCAGUCAUCUCAACAACCAACCCUAAGUUCAUCUCAUUGUACGGAGCAGGACCAUUAAAGGUCAAAAGAAUGAAUUAGCAGGUAGAAGAACUAAAUAGGAUAAGGCAUAUUGUGGAAGGUUUACAAUCUAUAACUUAAUUCUUCCAACAAGUGCAAGAACACAGUCAAUCCAAUAGAAGCAAAUUGAAAAAGAGUAGUACAAAAGCAAGUAAUAACCAUGUGCGAGUGGAUGUUCUGAUGCACUAGUCCAGAGCCAAACUAGUUCAUGCAUUUGAAAUACAUAGAGGAUGUUUAAUUGAGAUGAUAACUAAUUGUCUUGAUACAGCCAGGGAUCGAGAUAGCUUGAAAAGAUAAACUGUUGCAACAAUUGAAAAUUAUUCAAGAAAAAUGAACUUACACUGACCAAAGCAUGAAAAGAUGGUAAGAAACAAAUUUGAACAGUACGGCAAGCUGAUGAACAUCCACUAGUACAACUGAACAUAUUGAAAAUUGGUCAAAUAAAUGCUCUUAAAAGGUCCAGCAACAUGUGAGAAUGAAGAGACAAAAUCAGCAUCAAAUGAUUCAAAUUCUAAGUGGUUGGCCAUUAACAAUUAAAUGACAUUGAAAAUGUUAUUGUGAAUUUUGUAGAUGUAUGAUAUCGAUAACCAGUUGUGUUGGAGUUAACAAAACAAUUACAACUAAAAUAUAAGCAUUGAAACCAUGUUGUUGUCAUGGUAUAAUAUUGUAUUGAAACCUUUUUGUUUUGGUUAGAGACUAAAACUUUGGCACAACUUGUGAUUUUAAACCUUGAUACAUGUAAAUAUGUGAGAAUGUAUAUAACAUCUUUACUUCUUGUCACUUUAAAUCUAUCAGAUAACAUUGCUUACUUGCUUUAGCUAAAUCUAUUCUUUGUUAUGUUCUUGUAGUUUAUUUCAAGGAUUUCUCUUGUUUAUCCUUCUGCUUUAGUUCAAUCUACAUCAGUUUUGUCAGCGAAGUCAGCCAGGAGGAUUCUUGGUUUUGAUAUGUGGUUCGAUCUUUGACCCACUGUUCUUACCAAUAACCCAAAGUCACUCCUGGGUUGAUGCUCAAUCCAUUUCGAUACUUUGCCAACCUGACUCUGAAUGGUGGCAGUUUUGGCUAAACCGGGGGAGAACUGCAGCUUCCAAUCCUUUUGUGAUAACUAUGCAUGUAAUCCUUCAUGGCUUAAGUUGAUAUACCCCUAAACUGAGAAUAAAUGAAAAGAUGCUUAACCACACCUCUUCUUUCAUUUCAAUUCAAUUUUGAUUUGAAGUAUUGGGGAUUUUUGAGCACCUUAUUUAUAAUGUAAAAUAAUUGAAAGCCCAUGCCGGUUUUUUCUUUAGCAUUUUCUAUGUUGUCAUCAAUAUAAUGUAUUACUUUAUUGUUCAACUAAUCAUGUUUAAUUCCUGAGUAGUUUAUUUACAUGCUUAUUUACUGAGUAUGAAUUGAAUGUUGAAAACAUAGCUUUCUCUUUUCUGGACAAGCUAAGCUAAGAUGUUUAUAGAAUGCAUACUAUUGUUCUGUGAUGAAGUUAGGCAUCAUCAGCAAUUUGCCUAAGAUCCACAAUUUUUAUCCCCUUUGUACCAUACGUCUUAACUAGCUUAGUGCUUACUCUGCUCAGAAGAAAGUAAUAUCAGUCAUGAGGAGGUUUUCUCAAUUUGGAUGACCAAAAUCCCGUGAUUCUUAAUAUAGUUUUGAUGUUCAUCCAAGUUUAUGCUUGCAACUUUAUUGUGCUAAUGUCAAUGACUAAUUUUUUAAACUCUAACAUGCAAUGGAUGAUAAUUUUCUCUGCUGUGAUGCACAUGGCAUAGGUAUGCCGGAACUUGGAGCGACAAGUUUAAAGACCAA